UCUUAUCCAAGACCUUGCACUGUGAACUGCACAGGACUUAAUUGCGAAAGUGAGUGUAUGGGGUCAGAAUGCACAGCCGAGUGUUAUGGAAAAAUGUGUAAUACUAAGUGUCAUGGAAAAGAAUGCAACUCAACGUGUCUAGACAAUCCGUGUGAAUCCCAGUGUUAUGGAGACAGCUGCAUUUCCAAGACAAAAGGAAAAGUAUUAAAGAUACCACAUUUCAAUCAUCAAGCGUCAGAAUCACAUUGUUACGGAACAGACUGUUAUUCUUUGUGUAACGGCCAGUCUUGCCGAGCCAGGUGCACUGCCGGCGAACGAAAUUGUACAGCUCUGUGUACAGGUUUAUUAUGUGAUGAGGAGAAAUUUGAAGCAGAGCCGUCAGCUAAUGAGACUGAAACGCAGUCAGCAAAUGAGACUGAAACACGAUCAGCAAAUCAGACAGAAAAGCUGUCAGCAUACAGACAGAGAGUAAAACUGGUACAAUUAUGGAAUCAAUUAAAGAAAUAUGUGAUAUGAUGA